CGGAAUCCAUUUCCAUAAAGAGGAUGUGAGCAUUUUGCUGAGACAUCGCAACCCACCAUAUAUACCCUAUUUCAUUUUUCACUGUGUAGUUUUGGCAGUGCCUCCUUUUCUUCUACAAGUGUCCCGCUCCUCUUCUUCUUCUUCGUCUCUUAAUAGGGUGUGAAGAGCCGAGCACGCAGAGAUGUCUGAAAAGAAGAUGACCUCCAGCCGCAGGCAUGCCCUGAAGAGUCUGAUCCUCUCCAUCGCUGCCAAGUGGCUCGACGAGGAGAAGGUCAUCGAUACUGCAGCGAAGGCAGCGUACAUGGCAGAGCACUGCCCCACCCCCAGCCUCAGCGGAGACCAGGCCACCCUCAUGGAAAUCUGCAAGAAGCUGCACGCCCUCCUCGACAAGAUUGAUGAGGAGAGGUACGACAUCCUCUCCAAAGUGCAGAAGUCCGACAAAGAGAUUGAGGAUCUGAACAUCAAAGUGGUGGAUCUGAGAGGCGUGAAGAAGCCCGCUCUGAAGAAGGUCCGUAUGUCCGCUGAUACCAUGCUGAAGGCUCUGCUGGGCUCCAAACACACUGUGAACAUGGACCUGAGGGCCAACCUGAAGCAGGUCAAGAAGGAGGUCAAAGAGGAGCCCACCGAAGCUGCAGGCGACUGGCGUAAGAACAUUGAGGAUAAGGCCGACAGGAAGAAGAUGUUUGAGGCGGUCUAAACACCUCGCUGCUCCUUUUCUUUAUCAUAUUUAUUAUACAUGAACUCCACGAGUCUUACAGUGUUGGUGGAAGCGAGGGCUGAGCAGCAGCAGGUUAGCGUGUCUGAAGGAGGCGGCGCUCUGCAGGAAGAAGAGCUUUUAAAGGAUCUUAUUUUUUUUUGUCUUUGUCUGGAUGGAGGCGGAGGAGGUUCACACACUAACACACACCAUAACAAGUCUUAAACUCCACAGCGUCAGGGGAACACUCACACAAACUGAACAAUAAAAAUGUGGAAGGGA